AUAAUCUACAAUACACAUCAUUGAUUCAUCAUGACAAAAAAAUCAAGAUAUUCGAUCAGUGAUGCAGCCAUACAGAAUGAAGAAAUGGAAUUGAAUACUUAUUUUAAUAAUAAAGUAAACAUUCCACAUGAUCAAUUUGGAGAUUAUUCAUUUAGUUGGCGAAAAUUAUGGGCAUUUACCGGACCUGGUUUCCUGAUGUCUAUUGCAUAUCUAGAUCCUGGAAAUAUUGAAUCCGAUAUGCAAACAGGUGUCAUUGCUAAUUAUCGUUUACUUUGGGUAUUACUUUAUUCAACUAUUCUUGGAUUAUUGAUGCAAAUAUUAUCGGCACGUAUGGGUGUUGUAACCGGAAAACAUUUGGCUGAAUUAUGUUAUUCACGUUAUCAUAAAAUGCCAAGAUUAUUGCUGUGGAUAAUGACUGAAAUCGCUAUUAUUGGAUCAGAUAUGCAAGAAGUUAUCGGUACAGCAUUAGCACUUUAUAUGCUCACCAAUAGAUGGUUACCAUUAUGGGCAGGUGUUUUGCUUACCAUUCUUGAUACGGUUACAUUUUUAUUUCUAGAUAAAUAUGGUCUUCGAAAAUUGGAAACUUUUUUUGCUUUCCUUAUUGCAAUUAUGGCAAUGACAUUUGGCUAUGAAUUUGUUCGUGCAAAACCGGAUGCUGGAAAAAUUGGUUUAGGAAUGGCACUUCCAUAUUGUAAAGAUUGCGAUAAAGAUGUGCUAUUACAAGCUGUUGGUAUUGUUGGUGCCAUUAUUAUGCCACAUAAUCUUUAUCUACAUUCAGCAUUGGUUAAAUCACGAAAUGUUGAUAAUCGGAAACGAUUGGAAGCAAAAGAUGCAAAUCGUUAUAUAUUGAUUGAAUCAAGUAUUGCAUUGUUUGUUUCAUUUCUUAUCAAUUUGGCUGUAACAUCAGUGUUUGCACAUGGAUUAUCUGGAAAAACAAAUGCCGAUAUAUGGAAAUUAUGUUCAAAUCGUAGUGAUAAAUUUGUUAACAUGGAUAUAUUGGAAAAUGAUAACAAAACAUUUGAGGCUGAUCUUUAUCAGGCUGGUAUAUUUCUUGGCUGUCAAUUCGGUGCUUUACCAUUCUACAUAUGGGCAGUUGGUAUAUUGGCCGCAGGACAAUCAUCAACAAUGACCGGAACAUAUUCUGGACAAUUUGCAAUGGAAGGUUUUCUUAAUCUUCAAUGGCCACGAUGGAAACGUACAUUGUUGACACGUAGCAUUGCAAUCGCACCAACAUUAGCUGUAACAAUAUUUUCCGAUAUAAAAGAAUUGACCGGAAUGAAUGAUUAUCUGAAUGCAUUGAUGGUCAUACAAUUACCAUUCGCUGUACUUCCAACGUUGACAUUUUCAUCAUCAAAAUUAGUGAUGGGAAAAUUUGUUAAUAAUUUAUUCAAUCUAAUCGUUGCCACAUUAUUAUCAUUCGUUGUGAUUGCCAUUAAUAUCUAUUCAACCAUACAGCUUACCAUCGAUAAUUCAACGAAACAAAAUGGACCAAUUCUUUAUCCAAUAACGAUUAUUUUGGGCAUUUUAUAUAUUUCAUUCAUCAUUUAUCUGAUUGGCUGCUUCCUAAGCGUACUUGGUGUACGUUUCCAUGAACGAAUACCGAUAAUUGGUCGAUAUUUUAAUGAACCUGAAAAAUAUGAAUAUAAAUACAUUGAUUAAUGAUAGUGAUUGGAAAAAAUUUCUAAUUAAAAAACAAACAAACAAACAAAAUAUCUAUUUGAUGCUAUAAAGAUCUCAAAAUUAGAAAUUUUAGAUCAUUUGUCAUUGUAUGUGUUUAUCAAAAAUAAAUUCUUUUUUUUCAAAUCCAAUUAUUAAACAUGUGAUGGAGAAAAAACAAAAAUCCAGAUAUGAAAUUGAUUCUUUUUUCGUCUUAAUUUUAAAACAAUAAAUUGUGAUGUACGAAAUAAUAAAAAUUGAUUGAUUUUUUUUUU